AUGAAAAAAUGGCGCGACGGACAUCAGCCCGGCGGGACGUGGCACGCGACCAUUUCGUUGUCAUCAGCUGCCGGUGUUGAUGAGCACCAGCUGAUGAUGGUAAUGGAUUUCUUGCCCAGAGAGCAGAGAGCAGGACUGCCUAGACGACUGGCAAGUUCUCGUGAUAACCGUAAAGACGGACCACAGAUAGUUCCACAACGAAUCCAACACCUACAUUUGGUGAAGGUGUCUUUCCUCCGCGAGUGA